GAUAUCACACACAACAUAUACCACUGUUCUACUAUUCUAGCCUAACUAUAUUUAAUAAUUUAACUAAAUCUUGGUAAAUCAGUCUACAUUUUGGAUAUCCAGAAGAACUUGCCUUCUACUUCUUACAAACCUUUAGUAAUAAGUCUCAAGACAGACAUCUGAAGAAUGUAUUCCCGAGGUGUUGUGAAACCUAGUGCCUUGAUGGUGGCCAAGGCUCGAGACUUGGCAGCCUACCGCUCCCGGGAAAAGGCUUGUGUUUGGGCCCAGCGUAAAGCUGAGAAAGAGAAGGAAGAACGAAAGAUGGCAGAGUAUGAGGAGAUUUUUGAUGCCUAUGAUGCUCAGUACUCAUUGGUGAAUUUUGCUCUUCGUAAGACUGACUCCCAACGCAAGAAUCAGCAGAAGAAAGCUUGGGCCUACGAGAAGAAGAAAAGAGCAGAAGUUGCCGAGUUCCUGAAGAAUUUUGAAGAGCGUGAACUUCAGGAAAGGAAGAAAGAAAAUGAUAAGAUCUUGUUUCAGCUUGAGGAAGAAGCAAAAGCCUUCUUUGAAGCUUAUAGGUGUUGAGAAGGUAAGCAUCAGCUGAGAGAACAGUGGACUAGGCCUACUGGGGAUACCACUAUAAAAAAAGCGAGCCUCGAUGUCUACCUCUUGGGUGGCUUGGAAAAGACAUCAAUACUGAUUACAUACAAGAGGUGAUAACUGAAGUACCUGUAGUGAUGAUAAAUGAUGUACUGGUAGUGGUGAUAAAUGAUGUUCUGGUAGUGAUAAAUGAUGUGCUGGUAGUGAUGAUAAAUGAUGUUCUGGUAGUGGUGAUGUGCUGGUAAUGGUGAUAACUGUAGUACUGGUAGUGGUGAUAACUGUAGUCCUGGUAGUCGUGAUAACUGUAGCCCUGGUAAUGGUGAUAACUGUAGUCCUGGUAAUGGUGAUAACUGUAGUACUGGUAGUGGUGAUAAUUUUGGUAAUAGUAGUGGUGAUAAUUAUGGUAGUGAGUAGUGGUGAUAAUUUUGGUCAUGUCAGUAGUGGUGGUGGUGAUGAUAGUGGCAGUAGUGGUGAUAAGGUAGUGUCAGUAGUGGUGAUAAGGUAGUCAGUAAUCAUGAUAGUGUCAG